CAGCAGAAGGAGACGACGGGUCGUUUAUACGCAUUUUGGGGACGAAAAAGAGACGCCAUUGGUCAGCGACACUUUGGUGAAGGAUGUCUCACAUUCACAACGUAGCAACACCCUUUGUCAGCAGCCCGUUAAAAGCAAUAUAAAUCACCCCAAACAGACUGGCAGGAAUCAUGGGAAGUGUGUUCCUGCCGGCGGAUGCAGCCCACUCUGUGCUGCGGCGGCUGCGCAGGGCCAACUUCUUGCUGGAGGAGAUGAAGCAAGGUGACAUCCAGAGGGAGUGCCGUGAAGAGAUCUGCACCUAUGAGGAGGCCCGCGAGGCUUUUGAGAAUGACGAGAAGACGAGGCGGUUCUGGGAGGAAUAUGUACGGGAGAGCAGUCCGUCCGGAGGGCUGGAGACAGUGGUAGGUGGAGUCCAUUCUCUCUACUUGAUAGUGCCACUGCUGCUGGUUGUACUCAUCAUCGCUGCCGUCGCCAUCACUGUUUGGCGCUGCCAAUCCCGCAAGCGCUCACAGCGCAGCCCCAGUCUGGGACAUUCGCAUCAUGACCACGUCCUGUCAGUGGUCUCUAUGGACCAUUGGGGGAGGGAUUACCACCAUGGUGACCAGUCAGAACUCAGUGUCCACAGCAGCCCAGCUUAUCCAGGCUCAGAGAUUACAUCAGGAAGAGGAAGUGCUGGAGACCCUCCGCCAUCUUAUGAGGAGGCUGUUGGCCACACAGAUGUCCAGAUAGAGACGGAGCCACCUCCACAGUACGAGGAUAUAGUCACCACCAGCACUACCAGUGUCAGUGGCCAUGGGAAGUAAAUCUGUCUUUCACUACCACCCCAACAAAAACUCUAACCUAAACUAAGACUAUUUUAUCAUCUAGCAGUCCCACUGUUGUGGUAUCACCAGCCUUCUCCAUUCAACACAAACAGAAACACUACUAACUGUCUGGUCAACAGACUAAUGCAAUCUCUGCCAGAGCCAGCGCUGUUGAAAUUUGCACUAACCUUUUAUCAGUGAGGUGAAGUGAUGGCAGGAAGGAGCAAAUGAUAUUGCCAUACCAAAACCAACCAGCACCUCUGCUGAAUUUCCUGAAGUUGCAUCUAUACUGUCACACUGUAGCAGAUCAUUCAACUCUGUAGGCAUAACAAAUGUUGCAUGUGGUGUAAAGAGAAAAAAGGUUAUGAUUGCCAUAAUGAAGGACGACUAUUCUAAGUGUAUAUGGGGGUUGGACCAAUGCUCUAUUGAGGGUCAGUGCCAAUUUUUUAAACUUAAGUGCUUAAUAACAGGUGCUUUGCACCUAUUGUUAUAAUUUGAACUCUUUGUUGACCAAAAAUGAGCACUAACUGUUUCCUCCUACAUUAUUGUAUAUUGCAAAAUAUUUUUCUGUACAAGAUCCAGAAACAGCAUUUAGUCUACAGAAUUAAAAUAAUUCAAAUAGCAUUAAGGGAUUUGUGACUACCAGGGGGCAAAAAUAAUCUAAAACAAAUUCAAAACAAUUACAACCUUACAGUUUGUUAUGGCCAACCUGUAGCAAACAGUUACUUGAUCAUGCACAAGUCUCCCAUGUCUCUAUACCUGAUAGUGUGCCAUUAUUACACAAUAUUCACGGUAAUUCACUUCUUCUUCAUCACUGCCACAUGAAUUUAAUCUCACUGUUCACUUCCAGAUGACUAAUCAAAGUCUAGAAUUUACUGGUUAGCUUUGGUUUGGUUGACUGAUUGAUGACAAAAAUAUGUGGCUCCCUGUCUUUCUAAAGAAAAUACUCAAAUCUGCCAACUCUACCCACACAUUUACUUCUGGUCCUUGCUGUUUCAUGCUGGGGAGGCAGCGUACGUCUGGCUUGUCUGAGCUUGUUAACUAGGUUAGUGACCGUUCCGCGUUACCAACGCAAAUUUGAUUCAUUAUUGAUACUAGAAAUACCAUUUAAUGCAGGUUUAAACAAUCAUGUUGCCAAAAUAAUGCAUUGGCCCAACUUUAGUAUACACUUGUGAAUGUUUUUGAGUUUUAAGAUAAGGCCAUCAGUUCCAAAGGGGGGAUGGAGCUGAAAUACAUUUUGUGAAUGUGUGUCAUAUGUGCUUAUAUUUUGGCAAUGCAUGCAGCUUGGUUUGGUUGGAUCUGGCUCUGCACUGUUUGUUGAUGGUCCAUGCUUGCUGGUCCAUGUUCAUGUUUGGGCCGCUGACAGCUGCUCAGAGCCUGCUUUAACUGUGAAAAUCUUUCCCCACUCUUUCCCCUAAAGAAUAUGUAACUGUGUUGGAAAUGGCUACAGUCUUUUUCCUGUGCUACUUUCUCUAAAAGUUAACUGUGGAUUCUUCAAAUAGCUUUGCAGCUACACAGUAAAUGUAAGUUGUUGAGUGACUUGCACAGGAAUGUGGGACAGAAAGCAAGAGAGAUAGAAGCUUAUGGAAAAAGAGUUAUCAGAGGGGAGGGGAGAGGAUCUGCAUUUAAAUGUCACUAUGGACAGAGUCCAUGUUUAACAUGUGUAAUGAAUCUGUAUAUAAAUAUGCAUAGUGUGUGUGAAAGUAAGUUACAGGGAGAUUGUUUUUACUGCAUAGGAAUGCAGUGAACACAUUGAUACUAAUGUAAAAAUUAUACACUAGGUUGUGAAUAAAUGAAGGCACUUUGUGUUUGAGCUCAAAAUGAGCUGUGUAAUGAAAACUAGGACAGUCUGGGUUGAUGUUUUCAGCGUGACUCUCAGCAAUAACGAUGUCACUGUAAUCCUCUGAAAAAAAAAACUGGUAAUGAUCUAUAUGCAAUGUUGCUGCAUACACUCUAAAAACCAAAUAGUUUUCACUUGACACUGAUAAAUGUCACACAUUUCCUGUCUGCGCCUCACAUAUUUUGAGCACUGAUUAUUAUCAUUGUACUUUUUUGUGAGUUGACCUUUGAACCUCAGCACUUGCUAUGACCUUGAUCUGAGUUGUGCUGGUAGGGGUAGCCAUUUUGGUUAGGUCAGUUAUUGUACUGUUACUUACAGAGCCCUGUUUUUACAAUGCCUUAUCAGACAAACAAAAUGUUAUAUAACAUGAAAUGCAAAGGAACUUGUUAUAAAUCCUUGAUAUGUGCAAAAGCUUGAAUUAAUUUGUAAUAAAACAUUU